AUGAUACCUAAGAGGUUCAUAGCAAAAUAUGGAGACCGCCUGCCAAACCUCUUGCUUCUUAAAGUUGCAGGGGAUGCAAAUUGGCCAGUGGAACUAGAGAAGUGUGAUGACAGGGUAUGGAUUAGCAAAGGAUGGAAGAAUUUCUUAGAUUAUUACUCCAUCAAUCAUGGACAUUUGAUAGUCUUUAGAUAUGAAUGGGGCUCAAUCUUUCAUGUCCUAAUAUUCGAUAAAAGUGCGUCUGAGAUAGAAUAUCCCCGGAAACCCGUAGCUCCUGAAAAAUUAGCAGAGCCCAAGGUGGUCGAAACCGAUGAUGUCUUGACAGAAUUGGGUGAGUACAUUUCGCCUGGAGAAAGGAGGGAAAUGAAGUCGCCAUCGUGCUUGGCUUCUUCUGAUAAGCUGAUGACGAAAUCCGAUCCUGUUAGCCAAGAUCGAAAUAAGUCCAGUGCCCGUUUGCCAAUGCCAUAUUAUGAAGCUAAAGGCUCUUAUUCAGGAGAUAGAAGGACUUCGAAGCUCAAGGAGUACUUGCACCCGUAUCGUUCAUCACUAGACUACAGUGGCAAGGUCAAAGAGUCUGAAAAAAGAGCUACCCCUUUUGAGCAGAUUCAUCUUAGAUCUAGAUGUACAAACCCUUCUGAUGCUCUGAAAAGGCCAGGAAAUUCAAAUCGGAACAUCCUUCUUUCCUCAUCCUUGUGCGGCACUACUACCUCGAGCACUCUAACGUGGUAA